UGUGAGUUCUGGGAACCCAAAGUACGAUGAAUCACCCGGCCAACGCACCAGCACGAAACUGAGGGAUUUGUUUGUGCCGUUUUUAUUAUUUGCAGCUGGUAGCAGAAGCCGGAGGAAGCAGACGACACACGCAUCACAAGACGACCCCAAACAUCUGUUUUCGUUUGAUAAGAAGAAGAACCCUGUGAUGGCUUCAUCAUUAGUUUCAAAAAUGGCAAGUAGAGCUCAUCUAUCCAAUUUUAGUGAAGUGGGCAGAAAAAUUGUCGGUGCUGCUCUAAAUUACAAGUCACUGGCACAUGAUCUCAAGGUGCCUCACCCAGCGAAACCAAUUAUAUUCUUGAAAGCCACUUCAUCUUACAUAAAUGUUGGUCAAGUUAUUGAGGUACCAAAAGCUGAAACUGUCAAUUAUGAAGUUGAACUGGGCGUUGUCAUUGGAAAAAAGUGUAAGAGAAUAAGUGAAGCUAAUGCCCUUGAUUACAUAGGAGGCUAUUGCUUAGCUUUGGAUAUGACAAAUGUCACACAAAUUGGAAAUGCUAAAAAGAUGUCUGCACCUUGGGAUCUUGGUAAAACAUUUGAUACGGCAUGCCCAGUAAGUAAAUUCAUACCAAAAGAAUCCAUUAAGAACCCUGAUGAUGUCAAACUAUGGCUAAAGCUCAAUGGAAAUGUUAAACAGGAGGAGAGCACAAGCGACAUGAUUUUUUCCACAUCACAACUCAUCAGUUAUGUGUCACAAUUCAUGACUCUUGAACCAGGUGAUCUCCUGCUCACUGGAUCACCCUCAGGUGUGGGUCCUGUUCGCCCGAAUGAUGUUUUGGAAUGUGGCUUGAAUGAUCUAGUGACCAUGACUUUCUCAGUACGAGCAGUUGAAUCCUAGUGGUUCAUCACCACAUUCUUGCAGUGGAGCAUUAUAACAAUUUGAAUGAGACUGAUUUUUGGAAAGACAUAAAUAAGUUUUCUAAAAUGUCUUUCUUCUUCCAGAAUCUAGACAUGAUGUGAGAGCAAUUUUUUAAAAUGUAGACCAGCACAAGUUGAAUCACCAAUUUAAAUAAAUCAAAGUUAUAUAUUUUAUUCAUAA